CGAUAAUGCUACAUAAUCAGGCAGAGAAGCAUGUUAUGACUGAGACCACUUCCUUGUCCGUCCCGCACUCGUGUAAAUGCUGCACACUAAGGUACAUGGUAUCUGAAUCGACAGGGAAGCUAUCAGAACAGUUAUUGGUGGCCAGGGAUUCCAGGAAAAGCGUCUUUUAAUACACUGCACAGUAUCUAUGGAUUAUUGUGCCACUUCAGUGAUAAGUCUAAUGCUCAUUUACACUGGCGGAACCAAUAGCAGGAUGGAUGAAAACACGACAUUCCAUUCUUCCUGCGAGCCAGCAAACUGGUCAUCUGCAGAGACAAGCUGCGAGAAGACAAAUGGCACAAUAUUCGGUAUCUAUGACUUAGUAACGAGCGUGGGCGGACGGGUUCUACAUGAUGCCCUUCAGAAGUUAGAUGAAAUUUGGAUUCACCACAAUGGGAUAGAAAUAACAAAUACUAAAAACGGAUCCGACUGUGUGACGAUAAUCAACGGAUACGGUAGCUUUACAACUACCAACUGUGGCGUGUUACGCCACUACGUGUGUACAUUCAAUGACAGUCCACAAUCAUCGUAUGUUCCCUGCGUCCAACACCAAACAACACCAUCGGCAUUUGAAUCUUCGACACUAAAUCUAACAUCCCUCGACCUAGUGACUACAAACACAACAGCACCAGACAUUUCAGAUGGUGACCCCAGUCAAGUCAUCAUAGCGUGUGUGGUCGUUGUGAUGUUGGUGUCUGCCACAGCUGUCAUUGCUGCUGUCAUCAUCAAACUGCGAAAGAGAACGCCUCUACACAACACUUCUUCCACGAACGCAAGCUUAACAACGAUGUCGUCUGUGUCGGAAAUUAAUUCUGACCUGCAACCGGAAAGUCCAUUACCAAUGAUCUUCUAUACUGGACUACCCACUGCAGAGGACGCGUACACCACAGCAGUUGAACAAAUACGCGCAGACUACUACACUAAGCUGGACGACUUGUACACGGGGUCUGAUCAGCAGCCGUUAUCAUCAUCUGUCAUCACUUCAAGCCACCUUAUGGCUGCAGAGGCGCAAGGUGGAGGCCCACGUCCAGCUGAUCAUCACAUAUUUACAUCACAUAUUUACUCGUCGCAUAAGUAUUCCGAGAUUCAGGAUGGUCUGUCCGAUGCGAACAGCUCACUAAACUGCCCUGGUGCCGAAUGGGAUGGCAAAGCAGGGCGUCGGUCAGGCAAUUUCGUAUCAGGCGUGUACUCUGAAAUACACGAUGAUGGCACGGAACCAACUAUCCGAGAACGGCGCAGUCACUACGAGUACUUAAAUGCAUUGCACCGUCCCUCGGAAGCACGAUCUGUAACUCAGACAGCAAGUGGUAUCUAUGAUAUUCCGAACGAUCCUGGUAUAGAAGUUCCUCUUAGACGCCAGGCACCAAGUGGUGACUACGCUAUUCCGUACGCCAGUCGAGAUGGCCACAACAAACACAUAGACCAUCCAGAGCUAUCCGUUCACUAUUCUAGCAUACGACCUGUGACGAUUUCCUCAUUGACAAGUUGUUCAUCCGAAACAAACCACUAUGAUAUUCCAAAAUGA